CCAGGAAAUCGCCCACGCAGCCAAACCUCCCAAUCAUCUACUCCCCGCGCCAACCAACCAAAUGCACGAAACCCACAACCGCAUCCCCUCAACAGUAAAGCAGUACAUCCUGCGCUCCUCACCACUCAAGGGCAUGGAGCGGCCCGUCCGCUCCUUCAAAUCAUUCAUCCGCACAGUGCCCCCAAACCCGGGGUUUGAGAGUAGUCGGACGCUGAUUCCCAGACCGGCGAUGGGGAAGCGGCUGUUACGCUCGCCGGCGGUGUUGCCGCCUUUACCGGAUUCGCCGAUGAGGGAGAGUGUGGAGUGGGAGGAUGGUCGGGAGCUGAGCGCAACGCCGUCAGAUGAGGGCCGGGCUUCGUCGCCGGUGAUUCCCGAGGCGUUGGAUGGGGGUGCUGGCGAAAUGGGGGUAUGGGAGUCGAGUCCCGACUGCAUUCAACAGGUGCAAUUACUCCCGAUUCAAGAGCCAGCGUUCGACGUGCCAGGCUUUCCGAAUCACGAUCCGCUCAGACCCGAAUUAGCGCAAUUACCACCUCUCGAGAACGAGUCUGCUAACUCGUCGAGCCUACCCCAUCUGGCCAUUCCACUCAGAGGCGAAACUCCUAUAUCCUGUGUAGAAGUGGCACAUGCAAAGCUGGCGCAUACAUCGGAUGUGGUUUCUCCGAUUUCCAAUCUGUCGACAAAGUUGAAGGCUUUUGCGUCGGUAUAUAUUGGUUCUCCGAGGGAGAGAAAUGCAAAUUGGGAGCAGGCGGCAUUUGAUGCAGAAGGCUCGUGUACUGGUGGCUGUGCGAGGUCGACUGCUUCGUCGCAGAGCAAACGGAUACUUCCAGAUGCUGGAGGGAGUAAGCUGGCGGAUGAUGCUAUGACGAGCCACGCGAUGGAACAACCCGGUCCUUCAGAGGACUACGAUAGCGCGUUAGAGGAUCCGCAUGAGAGGUUACUUGCCGCGAAACCGCGAUCGUUAGAUGAGGCAGUCCUCGGAGAGUUCAAUUUCGAAUAUGACAAUGAUGGCGACGAGAGUGAGUCGUCAUCUCGGCCGCCAUCUCCUCCACCAAAGGACGAUGAACUGCUCCCCUCACCUCUGGAGUGGAAGAAGAGUUUCACCGGCUCAACUCUGGAUAAAAUCGUCUUAGAGCGACAAGCAAGAUCAUCCUCAGCGUUAGGACGAAAGAGUCCAUAUCCACAGGCAACCGCUUGCCCUCAUUGCAGUCACUCCAAGCGGCAGGAUCCUAAGACUCGACCUCACCUCUGGUCAUCAAGUGACCCCGUAUCUUCACCGCGAAAGAAAACGCCCCAAUUUGAAGUCAUCAUAGACCGACCACGGAAGAAAGAAACGCUUCUAGCAAACCUUUUGCACCACGCGGGGCUGAAGUCGAGUAAGAAACGCACGCAGGCUGCUCAAGCUGUGACGAUAGCGAGACGCUCACCUCCCCCACCGCUUCACCCACCUCGCCCGCCCCCACCGCCUGCAAUUUCAGCUCGCCAGUCACCGACGUCCUUGUCGCGGCUACCCGGACGCUUGGCCUUGGUACGGCGGUCGGAGUCGUCAUCGCCACAACCGUUGCGUGCGAGUAUCGUCAACAUUUCCCCCGUCUCUGAACGAUCACGACGGAGCAGUCUCGUGGCGUUUAUCUCCGAUGAAUCGGACGAGCACUCGUCUCCCGCGAUGCCUAUGACAAGGAUGCCCGGCACUGCGUUGGCGUCUCCCACAUCGCCGUACAUGGUCUCACCAACGUCGCCUCUUGCCGUUGAGGUCUCAGUCUCACCGCCGGCGCAUGUCGCGCCCCUCUCGCCCCAGAUAUCCUGGCCUCUACUCCGAGAACCCGAUGCACAUGUUGAAAGCACAUUAGAUGCAGAUGGGUGUAAACCAGGACUACUUCAGAAGGCCAAGGGCGCGCGGGAGGCGUGGAGACAGCAUCAUCGCGAGGUGAGGCAUGAGAAGCUGAAGCAGAGUAUUAGGGUGUUGGGUCCGACGGGUUAUGUAGUUGUGGAGAGGUGUGCUAGGUGUGAGAGGGGUUUGAUGGAGGGUGGUGAUAAGGAGAGGAUCAGGAUGCCUGGGUAUAUGGGUGGGGAUGCUGGCUCUCGGUCAAUCGAAAUACCAGGAACUGCAACAGCUUGACAACUACAACAAAGUUUAGUGUAGGAAUCUUAUGCAUAAACAUAGGGCUGUAUAUGCCUUGCGUGCAUUUAAAAACUUUUAAUUGUGUAGUUU